AUGCAGGGGAUUGUGGAUGAGUUCUUCUUCCAAGUGGAGUCGCUAGAAGAUACUCAGCCUAAUUUUGUCGAGAAUAUCAUCAUUGCAUACAUUCCUUCAUCAGCUGCCUAUAUGAAUGAUUUGGAACUACUCUUAAACUCCAAACCAUUGGAUCUUGUAAAUGUGGAACGAUUGAUUCUAAAAUUGAAGGGAGGCAGUGCUACCAUAGGAAUGGCGAGGUUUAAUGCGAUUAUUGGAGAGAUGUUUGACAUUUUCAGGGCAAGAAGAUACGAUAGGUUAUAUGCUGCAUUUAUGAGGAUUAAGGAAGGGCAUGAGGCUCUAAAGAUGCACCUUGAACCGUAUGUUGAGGUUAUUCUCAAUAUCCUUCACAAAAUUUAA